ACAUGAAGACGUAAGGGAGUCGUAGGAAUAUAGGAGCGAUUAGUACUUGAGAGUGAAGAUAUAAUACACGCACUCCCCGACUCAGAGAAGUCUUACUCUCCUAUCGUUCAAGAAAACUAUCAAACACCACACUCCUUAAUACCGUAUAUUUCAGAGCUGCGCUCUUUCGAUUCUCUUCUGUCUUUAACCCCGUUUGAAACGGAAUAUUUAUUAUAAUAUUUAUACAUACCUAACGACAAAAUGAAGUUCACGGCCGGUCCCCUUUUCACCACCAUGGCAUUGAUUGCCUACUUGCCCAGCAUCCUUGCCGUAGAAAGACUCGCCGUAAAUCAGCGUUCAGUUGCCGUGCUGAGUUCUGGGCUAGCAAAUAAUGGCACGGCUGCUGGAAACGGCACCGAAGUGGUUAAUGCCGACCAAGGCGAAAACAACAAGGAUGAAGCCGGCAAGGAUGCCGAAGACAAUGGCGACGAGAAUAACAAUGCGGAGGAGGAAGAGAAUGCUGAUGAUAAGCAAAAUGCCGACGAAGAGAACAAUAAUCAAGAUGAGAAUGAAGAAGACAACCAGAAUGAUGAUAAGAAUGAGGAGAAUCUCGACGACGCCAAUGAGAAUGAUAUUGAGGGCAACCUUCAGGAGAACAUCGGAAAUCUCAUGCUCUCGCUAGGCAUCUGCAACUUCAAUAUCGGUAGCCUUGGCGGCAUUAGUAUCGGGAACCAGAUCCAGCUUCUCCUUCAACUCCAGCAACUUGCUCAGCUUUAACAACUUGGUCUGGUCAGUUCAUUCUCCAUUGAGCAGCUCAUCCAACAGGAAAUUCUCCUUAACAACUUCAACCUUAACAUCAUCAAGCGUACUGUUAGUGCAUCUGUCAAGCAGGCUAGCCGUGAGAACAAGCGCACUAUUGUGGCUAGAAAGGAGUGCCGGAACAAGAACUAAGAGUAUAUGACUAGGACGAAAUGCUCGAUCGUUCGAGUUUCGAGGUCAAAUUAUGUCUAGCUAUGGACAGAGUCAUAUGUCCAUAUAGACUUGUACAUUAGAAUCUACUGAAAUUUUAAUUCUUAUCUGUGUCCCUAGAUACCCAAGGUUGUUUUCAACUAGAUAUCACAAAUGUCUUAACUCAAGAGAAAUAUUAAUUUAGGUAGUCAAGACAUACAGUAGCAAUGACCCUUUUUCUGAUUUAUAUAUUAUUCGUCAGUUAUCUAUGAG